UGGUGUGCAGAAUUACUUGUUUCUGCUGGUAGGAUGGAAAGCUCAAUAAAUCAAGCAAUGACUGAAAAAAAGGAAAAUAAAGAUAAUGGUGCAAACAAGAUCAAGGAGCCAAAUGAAUCUGGAAGUUUGUCUCUCAAACUUGACAAAGUCAAAGAGGAGCUAAAAGCCAAAACGGAUGAAAAUGAAAAUUUACACAGUUUGUUAGAACAGCUGCAGGUGGAAAAAGAGAGGCUUGCUGAAAAGAUUGAAAAGAAUAGAGCAUCAGAAAAGGAGAAUAUUUUAGGAUUUGGAAAGAACAAGGCACCCAAAAAAGCUGGGUCUCCAUCACGACUGGAUUCAUUUAUAAAGUCUUUGGAAGAAGACCGGGAUUACUACAAAAACCAACUCGAGGGCCUGAGGAAGAUGCUGAGAAACAGAAACUCAAGAUCUCUCCGUAGCAAGUCUUGGGGAAGGAGCCCCUCAAGGACACCUGCAUUAAAGGGAGGAACCUCAGAAUCGGAAAUUAUUCAGCUUCUGCGAGAGCGAGAUGAUUUGCAGGCCAUGCUAGAGAAAUAUGAGCGCCACCUGGUGGAAGUUCAAGCCAAUGUGAAAGUCCUCACAGCUGAGCGAGACAAGACCAACAUGCUCUAUGGGCAGGCCCAGGAAGAAAUAGCAAGACUGCGUCGGGAGAUCAUCAAGUCCCCAAAGUCUCCAAAAACAAGCCUUACAGCACAGGCUAUUCUACGUCGUGUUGAGGCAGAGAGAGAUGAAGCUGCUGCAGACUUGCGAAGGAUGUCAACAGAGCGUGACAGUCUGAGGGAAAGAAUAAUGAUAACACAAGAGAAAGCUAUUAAUGACAAAGCCCACCUGGAACAGAAAAUAGAAGAUUUACAAGCAGACAUUCAAAUGCUUGAGAAAGAACGUUUGGAUUAUAAAGCUGAGCAAGGAAAAAUGAAGGAACUAAUUUUUUCCCUUGAAGAGGAAAGCAAAAUCUUUUCCCGCAAGGCAACAACCAUAGAGGAAGAAUUGAACAGGACUAAAGCAAAUUACAAUUCACUGAGGACAGCAACAAAUCAUGUGGAAGAUACCCUCAGUGACACCCAGCGGCACCUUUCACAAAAAAUUGCUGAACUGCAGGGCACUCAAGAGAAACUUAAGCAAUUGGAUGAAAAGAAUGAUGAACUCGCAAGACAAGCUAUAAAUCUUCGGGAGGAUAUCCUCUCUCUUCAGGCCACUGUUAACAGGCUGAAUGUAGACAAGGAUACCUUACAGUCUGUAGUGGAUGAGAAGACUGAGAAGAUCUCUUUUCUUGAGGACGUCAUAACAGAUAAGGAUAUAAAUGUAAAGAGUUUAAAUGAAACAAUUGGAGCCAUGGAAUCUGCUUCACAAAAUCUGAAAGACACCAUUAACAACCAAGAGCGGGAGAUUAACUCAUUACGCCGGCAACUUGAUUCUGCCAAUGAAGAGCUUGCAAGGAUUGGCAGAGCCAGAGAGGCAGCUGCUAAGGAAAGCUUCCAGUGCAGAGAAGAGCUUACAAAGGCCAAACUAGAAAAUCAGACAUUGCAACGGAAAUCUCAGGAAUAUUGUGAAGAAAUUGAAAGUCUCAAAUUGAAGGUUCAGGAUCAUAAGGCUGAGACUGGAAGAAUAGACAGUCAGCUUUCCUAUAAGGUGAUUGAGAAUCGUGAGCUUCUGGAUAAAUAUUGUCAAGUCCUUGCUCAGGUCGAAAGCCUGGAGAAUAAGGCAAGGCAAACUGAAGUGCAGACAAGUUCUUUGUGCUCUGAGCUCCGAGCUGAGGAGUCAGAACGUCGCAGACUGAAUGAUAGGAUUGAACAACUAGAAAGAGAGCUUGAAGAGUCCUUAUCAGCGGAGCAGGCAAGCAAGAAUCAGAUUUCACAGUUGACCAUCACCAUACGAAAGAUGGAGGAGGAACUAAGGCUGACCCAGUCAGAGAAAUCUGCAGUUCUCUCAGAUCUAGGGUGCACACGAGAGUUGUGUGUUAAACUAGACACCAACAAAGACCUGCUGAACAGGCAGUUGAACACCAAGAGCCAAGAGAUGGAGCGGGUUCUGAAAGAAUUGGAGAUGGCACAUUCUGAAGCAGAGCUGCUUAGGAAGCAGUUGGCAAGUGAAAGAGUUUCUUUGAAAAAUCUUGAAAUCUUACUGACAUCUAAUAAAGAGAAGGAGCUUGAUAAUCAGGUGUACAGUAAGGAAAAGCAGUCUGAGAUUGACAUCCUACGGGAGAAUCUUAUAAAGGCAGAGAGCAAAAUUGCAAGCCAAAGCCGUGAAGUGACUCAAGCAAAAACAAAAGCUGCACAACUAGAAGUAGAGCUAGAUAUGACCAAGCGGCAAUUAUCAACAGAGCAAUUUGAAAGGCAAGUAGAGCAAGCCAUACUGGAACUUCGACGUCAUGGACUGACUUCCACAUUGCUCACCACUUCUACCCCAUCCAGAAGAUCACUGAGCCCCAGGUCAUCCAGGUCACCGGAGCGUUCCCAAUGGAGAUCUCAGGGUCUAGAAAACCAGUUUGACAGAACUGGAUCAUUUAGAGACCUCUAGGAUUGCUAUACAACUCUUAACUGUUCACAUAACAUAACUGUAACAUAAUCUCAGCUUUGCCAAUUUAUGAAGACACUGGAGUUAAAACCUGUUGCAGGAUCAUUGUUGACUGUGCUACUAAGAAAACUACUUUCUGCUACUGAUAAAGUGUCUCUUAAACUCAUUAAAAAUAUCAAGACAUGCUUUAACUGGGCAUUGCAACUGAGCUAAGAAAAGAAAGACUGAUGCAAGGAUCAGCCUUCGUGGCCCUGGGGUGACUAAAGUGAUUUAGUGCCAGGUAUGCAAUAGAACUUAUCACUGAGUGGUUAGGGUAAAAAAUGCCACUGAAAAAACAAGCCACUGUGAGGUUUCCACUAUUCAUAUGCACAUAUUAAAAAAGCAGAAUCCAUACUCGCACACAUUUAUAUAUGUGAGUAUACAGUAUAUGUGUAUACAGUAUAUCUAUAAUAAAAGUGAAAGGCUGUUUUACCAAAAUGCAGUAUUUGUUGCAACAGAACUACAAGUAGAACAAGCAUAAUUGUUAAGUUUUACUUCGUCUUUCCUGUAAUCCAGUUGAACUGUGCACGGUUUAAUUUGUUUGAACGUGUGCUAUAAACAGAAAACAGCCAGUGUACAGGUUGUGAUUUCUGUAGAUGAUGAAUUGGCACUACCGUAGAAGGACAUGAUAUAUAUGAUUUCUAGAUUAAAUGGAAACCUCACUGACAUAACAACUCUUCACAUGAAUAAUCAGGUCGCUAUGUUUGAAGUUAUUUUGCAAAUCUUUAGAUAACUAAAAUUAUUUUUUUGUACAUUACCUUACAAUAAAGUUACAAAUUUAAUCUGAUGACAUCAGAAUUUUGAAGAGUAUAUGCUCGCAUAUCUUUAAAAGCUGAUACUCAGGUUUUCACAGGGAUUCAGUCUGAGUCCUUUACCUUUGGUGCAGUAUAAUGGGAUUUACUGUGAAAUCAUUUUAUGAAUUUGUGUGUGUCUUUUUAUUAAAUUAUGCUGGAAAAUCUUUUUAUAUGCUAAAAGAAAAAUACAUUUUGUGGGGUUGCAUUAUUUAUGUUUAUUUUUUUUACAGACUCCAUUUGUCAUAAUCCAAUUAAAAUGAUGGAAAACAAUGUAGCUUAGUAUGCCUUACUAGGAUUAGAAUUACACAGAAACAAUACAGUAUUCAUGUGUAGUUUUGCUUAUUUCCCAAUAAUAGUUACUAAUAAUGUUUACUAAAAAUCUGCAUUAUUGCAAAGUCAGUUGUGCUUUAUUUGAAUUGAAAAUUAAUGCCAUAGACUAUUACCUAUUCAUUUUUAUACACGUUUAUAAAUACUGUACAAUAAAUUGUGUGUUAAUUGU